AGAUCCUUUCUCUCUCUCUCUCUCUCUCUCUCUCUCUCUCUUAUAUAUUUAGCUUUAUUUAUUCCAUCAGAUCUAACCUAGCUAUAUAUACAUAAAGCUUAGUUUCUCCAUCCCUUUCCUUCUUUGAUGAAGAUCACAUGAGCCCAACAACUUCCCUCUCUAGCUCAACACCAUGCAUGAAACCACUGAAUUUCUUAUUUCUCACUAUCCUAAUUCCCUCUGCUAAAGGAAAACUCCCAACGCACGACCCACAGCUCGUUUAAUUUUUUCUCCAUCCAUCAUAUUUCCCUCAGCUCCGAUGAUGUCGCCAGAAAACAACCCGACAAAGCUGCCGUCCGGCCGAGAAGAGGCCCAGGGCUCCGGCGGCAGGAAAACGGCGCCGCUGAGGCCGCCGGAGCAGGGCCUCAACUGCCCCCGGUGCGACUCGCCGAACACCAAGUUCUGCUACUACAACAAUUACAGCCUCUCGCAGCCGAGGCACUUCUGCAAGACCUGCCGGAGGUACUGGACCAAAGGGGGAGCUCUCCGGAACGUCCCCAUCGGGGGCGGAUGCCGGAAAAAUAAGAAGAUGAAGUCGAGCUCCAAGCUUCCCGGCGACUCCAGGGAGUACUCGUCGGAGACGGGCGGGCUGAAAUUAUUCCACGGCCUGUCCCCGUCCGUCGAUUUCCAACUCGGUGGGCUUUCCCCCUUCCCCAGGCUCAAUCAAUCGACACCUUCUGCUGUUAAUUACAACAAUCUUUCUUCGUUCGGUGACAUUAAUGUUAAUGGUUCAUCUGUCGGCAUAGAGCAGAUGGGGAGCUCUGCCCCUUUAAUGGGGUUGACCUAUAAUCCUCUACCUUCAUUCGGCCAUAGCACUGAUCAAAUUCAAAUGUGUUCGAUGAAUGCUCACAGUAGCCUUGCUUCGUCGAUCGAGUCCUUGAGUUGUAUCAACCAAGACAUGCACUGGAAAUUGCAGCAGCAGAGGCUGGGCGUCAUGCUUUUUGGUUCAGAUGCUGAUAACAAUAACAACAAUAAUAAUACUAAUAAUAAUGAUCUGAGAGAUGUUGAAGAAAGCCGGCAUACCCAGAAACCCCAGCCCAUCUUUUUUCAGAAUCUGGAAAUUUCAAAGCCAGCUGAGGUUUCUGCUGCUGGGAUUAAUUCAUCAAGGAGGGAGGGUGCAAGUGGCGUCGAGUGGUUCUUCGAUGGCAGCUCUUACGGCCCAGUAGCAGCGGCAGUUCCGUCCACCAGUAGCGGUGGCGAGGCCGGUGGCGCCGCGGGCAACCACGGCAGCGGGAACUGGAAUGGGAUUCAAGCGUGGAGUGAUUUGCAGCAGUAUAGUGGGCUGCCAUAGCUGGCUAGCUGAGGGGAAAAUAAGCAUUAACUUGAUAUGGGUCAUUAAUCAAGAGGUAGGCCUUAAAGGGCAGAGAAAGAAUUUAAAGGAAGAAAGAAAAAAGGGAGUCUCGUAUAUUAAUUAGGUGAAGUUAAUUUUAUCUGAUCAGUUAGUUACCUGUUAAUUUCUUGUUUUGUGGGGUGCAGAUGAUCAACAAGUAAAAGUUGGGAAAAGGGGAAGUAGUAGUUUGGAUCGAUCUUUACUUUUGUUGUUUAAUUUAGCAAUUAAGAUGAUAUAUUAUAGCUAGCUAGCGAGCUAGCUGAUCAUCCACAUAUAUAGUUUAGUUUCAGUACUUGCA